CCUUAGGUACAACACUUCUAGUAAGACCAUCUAUGGUCAAAAAGCUUUUUACAGCCAAACCCUAGAAGCUUCCUCCAUUUGGCAAAUUUCUUUAUAUUUUCAGCAGUAUUUAGUACUUUGAACACAACAGACCCACGGAUUUCUGCUUUCAUAGAACACUUGAUACAGGUUUGCUAGACAAACCAAAGGGUGGCACAUUCAGCUCCUUGACAUGGCAGGCCAGAGGAAUAACUACGGUAAGAGAAUGCAAUCGGAAUCCGACUAUUCCAGGAGUGAUGGAAGUAAGAGGAGGACUCCAACUGAUGAGAAGGAAUCAAAUUCCAUUGGACCAGAGGAUACUGUUUUUCGUUAUUUAUGCCCCACAGGAAAAAUUGGAAGUAUCAUUGGAGUUGGUGGGGACAUUGCAAAACAAUUGAGGACUGAAACUAAUUCAAAGAUUAGGAUUAGUGAGACCAUACCUGGCUGCGAGGAGCGUGUUGUAACUAUUUAUAGUGGAAGUGAAGAAACUAAUAUCUCUGAAGAUACUGGUGACCUGAUUUCACCUGCUCAAGAUGCUCUAUUUAGGGUGCAUGACAGAGUCCUUGCUGAAGAGCUGCGUAUGGGCGAAGAUCUGGAGGAUCAUCAGAUUACUGUAAGGAUGAUUGUCCCAUCAGAUCAGAUAGGUUGUGUGAUAGGGAAAGCUGGACAAGUGAUCCAGAAUUUACGAAGUGAAACAGGUGCGCAGAUUCGGGUGUUAAGCAGUGAGCACUUGCCCCCUUGUGCUCUAAACUCGGAUGAGCUUCUCCAGAUAACCGGUGAAGUUGCAGUUGUUAAGAGAGCACUUUAUCAAGUAGCAGCACGCCUCCAUGAUAAUCCAUCAAGGUCCCAACAUCAGUUGCUGUCGUCACCCAGCAUAUAUAGGUCUGGUGCUGGACUUGUGAAUCCUCAUGCUGGUAGCCAAGUCAUGGGUGUGACAUCAUUGAUGGGUCCUUACGCAAGUUACAAAAGUGAUGGUAGAAGUAGAUCUUCUUCUGUAAAGGAGUUUGCAGUUCGUUUGGUUUGUCCAACUGAGAAUGUAGGAGCUGUAAUUGGCAAAGGUGGAGGCAUUAUCAAACAGCUAAGACAGGAAUCAGGUGCAUCUAUUAAAGUCGAUAGUGCUGCGGCUGAGGGAGAUGAUUGCAUUAUAUUUGUAUCAGCAAAGGAGACAUUUGAAGAUCAAUCCCCUACCAUCGAUGCAACAAUGCGUUUGCAACCAAGAAGUAGUGAGAAAACUGAAAAAGAAUCCGGUGAUGCUAUUCUUACGACUCGCCUGCUUGUACCUAGUUCACGAGUUGGAUGCCUUAUUGGUAAAGGUGGUUCCAUUAUAACUGAGAUGCGGAAUUCCACAAGGGCAAGCAUCCGCGUUCUUUCGAAGGAACAUCAUCCCAAAGUGGCAUCCGUAGAUGACGAGAUGGUGCAGAUUACUGGAGAUGCUAAUGUUGCUGCCAAUGCGUUAUUGCAAGUACUUAUGCGGUUGAGGGCCAAUGCAUUUGAGAUGGAGGGAUCUUUUCCUGCAUUUUCUCCUGGCCUUUCUUAUGCCCCCAUGCCUGCAAGCGUGCCAGAUGGCUCAAGAUAUGGUAACCGUGAUAAUCGAUCACGUCGGCAUGGUUAUUCAUCUUAUUCAGGUGGACAUGAUUACAAUGAUUUGUCUCCAAGGGAUAGUUAUGGUGGCUCACAGGUUGGUGGUGGAGGCAAUUAUGCACCAUAUGGCGUUUAUUCCUCUGGGCGACCUAGUAGUUCAGGGGUUUCCAGCCAUAAUCCUUCUGCCUAUGGAAAAUCUUAUGGAUACUAGGGUGUAGAGGGUUAUUAGCAGCCGGAGCUAUCAUCUCCGAUGCCUGUUCCAGACCAUUGCCCGACCCUAUUGACGAAGCCUCCAGCCUAAGAACAGAGGACCAGACGAGCAAGAUAGAGAAACUUGUGGCCAUCCUUGCCCUAGUAUUUCUGUUUCUUAGGUGUUACCAGAAUAUAUAUUGUAAUGAAACAACACCUCUUAGUCAUUGAAGGCCUUUUGUACCCAAAAUACCUUUGCUUUAGCGGUAUUGUGUAGCAGACUAAGCCAUGACAGUUUGAUAUGGUGGUUCUUCUUUACUUUGUGUUUGUUUGUUUGUGUUCUCAAGUACCUUUGUGACGUAGUGGUGUCACUUUUACUGUUGACCAGUUAUGCUACAGGAUUGAAACUCUAGUGCUUUCUCUUGCAUCGAUUUUUUUCAUGUUUUCUCGACAGCUUUCCAGUUAUUGAACAAAAGUUCAAGAAAGUCAGGUUUCUGCAUUUCAGGAGGUAAAAAUGUCAUGUUUUCUUGACAGCUUUUCAGUUAGUGAUCUUGUAUAUGACAUGAUUCCUGCUAUUGGGUUCUAUCCUCGUGAACGGAACCCCUUCUGUUAGUUGCUAGCACAGAGCUUUUAAGAGAUCAAUCAAUAGCUAAUUAUGAUCAAAAUUCACAUUCACGUUUGCAUGCUAUGGUAUACACUAAGAAGGCAGAUUUCUACUUGAGCAGUGUUUAAUUUUCUUCUCUUGCUUCUCUAGUGUAGGACGUACUUGAGAUUGAGAAUUGCUUUUCAGAUAGUUGAGUAGGCACGAAUAUAAUUUCAGAGCUUUGCUAUAUGUGGUAAACCUGUGUCUUAUCUUGUUAAUAUUCAUGCUCCCUUGGCCUCAAGGAAAUGACGGCGUUCCUUUGGCCUUUAGGAAAUGAUGGUGUUGGUCACUGCUUGAUGUCUGAUCAUUUUAUGUGAUCGAUUCUGCAGGAUUGAUAGAAAAUUUAGUUCUUAUGAUAAAUUCCAAAGGUAAGUACUUCUCUUUCUUGCAAAUGUUAUUUCUUACACCGUGAGACGAUACAUUAUUUUGGUAGGAACAUACACAUCCAUCCUACUGUCAAAACAUUUCAGGAGGAAAGAAAGCUCUAUAACGUGCAUUGCCAAUUGCUUUUUGCCCUUUGGAGGGCUUCAUGAAGGGGUUCCAUGUCUACAUAUGUGUUAUUUCAUUAUUUGAGAAUGGAUUCUCUUUGCUCUGUGCUGUUUGAUAAGAGUUCUGCACUGUACUUUGAAAGCUGGUCGUUUGUGGACGGCUGAGCAUAAUUACUCUUUACUGUGGCCUUUGAAUGGUCCAUUCAAAGCAUCGAUGCAAUAGAGUAAAAGCUCACACUGCCCUACUUAUAAGGUACUAAGUCAUUACUACCAGGAGGUGGGUGGGAACUUGGGAUCCUUCCAUGUUCGACCGGAGAUCACGUUCAAGCCGUGAAAAUGGUGGCAUGAAGUUGAAUUAGUUGGGUCAGUGAGCUUCACAAGUCAUUGAAGCGACUUAUUCCUGGAAAUAAGAAGGCGUUAAAAAUAAAGAGUUUGUAUUAUUGUCAUUUCUAUUUAGUCCCAACAGGAUUCAUAUGUAAAUAUACUGGUUUUGUUGAGUUCAUGAUAAGAGUAUUUCAUUUUUAAUAUA